GAAACCCCUUAUUGUCACUACCUCACCAGUCUGUUCCGAGUCGCCCCUAACCUCCUCUCCUCCUCCUCUCCCCUUCUGCACGUCUGGUUGAAGAGAGUGGCUUCCUUGUUUGGGGGUGGGCCAUAGUCCGUGCAUCCAGCCUUCAGUCGAUCGGAGAGGUGUUUUCCCCCUGUACAGCGGAGAGAGAGAGAGGAACUACACGGCCAGGCGGAAAACGUAACUCACUCUGUCUGAGAAUGUACUAGUCUGAAGAAAUGGCAUGCGGAUACACUUUAAAACAAAUGACUUUAACUUGGUAGCAAUAUGGAUUAUGUCGUACUCAAGGGAAUGUGAACGGGCACCGGAGACAGUCUCAGGCUGGAAGUUUUGAAGGGCCGAUCACGGCGCCUCUUCCCCGGUCCGGUGUUAUUACCGGGGUCCCAUUUUCCCGGGUAGCCCCAUGCAAAACAUAACGGCACCCGGCAGCCCCAACAACAACUCUGAUGUCAUUUGCUCCUGUAACUGCCCCGGUCCCCACCCGGAGGGAAUGGAGAUAUCUGUCCUGGAGUCUACUCAGAUCCUCAUCAUCCUGGUCCUGAUGACUGUAAUGCUGCUGGUGAUUGGCUGUCUGUUGAACCACUACAAGCUGUCUGCCUGCUCCUUUACGACCAGGGGGAGCCAGGCCCAGAGGCAAGCACAACACCUACAGCGGGAUGUGUGUCUCUGGCCGCCGGACAGCGGCUCUCGACAAGGUGCCUCCGAGGUGGUGUAUGUGCCCCAGGCCAGAGAGAGGUUCACAGCCCCCUCCUUUAUGUACCGGGAUCGUUUCAGUGGCUUCCAGCCCACCUACCCCUACCUGACCCACGACAUCCACCUUCCCCCCACCAUCUCCCUGUCUGACGGAGAGGAGCCCCCGCCCUACCAGGGCCCCUGCACCUUACAGCUGAGGGACCCAGAGCAGCAGUUGGAGUUAAACAGGGAGUCGGUUAGGGCCCCCCCCAAUAGAACCAUCUUCCACAGUGAAGUGAUAGACAUGCACAGUGGAGGGGGGGGAGGGCCGAGACCACCCAGCAGUAACUCUGGUAUCAGCGUAGCCAAUAGCAGCAGCCACGGACGCAUGGAACGCUCGCCUCCGGCAUAUUGCGAGGUGAUUGGUCACUUUUUUCACCACCCGCACAGCAGUAACCCACUCGGGACCUGGACUGGGGGUGGGACCAGCCAGCAGGGCCAAUCAGAAAGCACAAUACCUGCCAAGGCCAGGAAAGGGGAGGAGCUGAGGUGAGAUGGAUGAGGGACUAAGCUGUCUUAGACUCCUCCCCCCUGUAAAGAGGUGUGGCCAAUCUCUAUAUGGACCGACACUCCCAGGAUGCACAACUAAACACACCAUUACCAACCUGCUACAACUAAACACACCAUUAUCAACCUGCUACAACUAAACACAACAUUAUCAAC